CAUUCCCCUCGCCCCCCUCGUCGCGGAGCCGGUUCUGGUGCCCCGCCAUCUGAAUUGUGCCAUCGAGGGGAGCAUACGGCGAAAUGGCGGUUGCCGCGCUCCUGCGCCGGGGGGCGCUCUCGUCGUCGUGCCGCCAUGAUGUUUAUAUCCGUUGCGUUCUCUCCUAUUAUGAUCUACAUCCCUUGGUCAAUUCUGCCAAUUUAAAAUUUUGGAGGGGCAACCACAACUCUGGGAAGUUUGAUUUCACUGAUAUGACGCAUCCUCAUUUAUGGUAUCCGAAUGCCCGAGAAAAGAAGCGCAAUGUAUUUUUGCAUGUUGGUCCUACAAAUAGUGGGAAAACACAUAAUGCCCUCAAACGAUUAGAAGCAAGCUCUUCAGGUGUGUACUGUGGACCUCUAAGAUUGUUAGCACGGGAGGUAGCAGAAAGAUUAAACAAAGCUAAUGUUCCCUGUAACUUGACUACUGGACAAGAAAGGGAAGAAAUUGAAGGUGCAAAGCAUAGCUCAGUGACGGUUGAGAUGGCUGAUGUGACGACUGAGUAUCAGUGCGCUGUUAUUGAUGAAAUUCAGAUGGUUGGCUGUAGAACAAGGGGUUGUUCAUUUACACGUGCACUGCUGGGGCUUUGUUCAGAUGAGCUUCAUGUUUGUGGUGACCCAGCUGUUGUCCCUAUUAUUCAGCGAUUGCUUGAAGCUACUGAUGAUGUGGUUACGAUUCAAUAUUAUGAGAGACUAUCUCCUUUGGUUCCUUUGAAGUCUACACUUGGGCCUUUUUCAAACAUCAAGGCAGGGGAUUGCAUGGUAACGUUCUCACGGCGUGAGAUAUAUAAGCUUAAGAGAAAAAUUGAAAUGGCGGGAAAUCAUCUUUGCUCUGUAGUCUAUGGCUCAUUACCACCAGAAACUCGAACGAAACAGGCGACAAUGUUCAAUGAUGAAGCCAGUGACCUUAAUGUGCUAGUGGCUAGCGAUGCUAUUGGAAUGGGUCUUAAUCUGAACAUUUCUAGAAUUAUUUUCUCUACACUGAAGAAGUUUGAUGGUAUCUGCACCAGGGAGCUGACUGUGCCUGAGAUCAAACAGAUUGCAGGCAGAGCUGGGAGAUAUGGGUCUAAAUUCCCAGUUGGCGAAGUGACCUGUCUAGAUGCUGAAGAUCUCCCGUUACUACACUCAUCCCUGAAGUCACCUUCUCCCAUUAUAGAGCGUGCUGGACUUUUUCCCACAUUUGAUUUAUUGUCCGUGUAUUCACGAUUACAUGGAACUGACUUUCUUCACCCUAUAUUGGAACGUUUCUUGGACAAGGCUAAACUGUCUCCGGACUAUUUUAUUGCCGAUUGCGAAGAUAUGCUGAAAGUUGCUGCUAUUGUUGAUGAGUUGCCUCUUGCGUUGCGUGAUAAGUACAUCUUUUGUCAAAGUCCAGUGGAUGUGAGGGAUGAUAUAUCUACUCAAGGAUUAACACAGUUUGCAGAAAAUUAUGCAAAGAAAGGCAUAGUUCGGCUUAAAGAAAUAUUUACACCUGGAACACUGCGGGUGCCUACAACACACAAUCAACUCCAGGAGCUUGAAUCGGUUCACAAGGUCCUAGAGUUGUAUGUGUGGUUAAGCUACAGAUUUGACGACUCUUUCCCAGAUCGUGAAUUGGCGGCUUCCCAAAAGUCAAUAUGCAGCAUGUUGAUUGAAGAAUACCUUGAGAGGUCAGGAUGGCAGCAACAAGGACAAAGAAGGGUUUUGCGUACUCCACGGAAAAUGCGCCGAGAAUAUGAUGCGUUACAAUUGCGCGGAUAUUUUCGAGAAAUUGACGCAAGAUCAAAAUAGAGGCUGAUUCAAGAAACAACACCUCACCAUAUUUGGUCAAUAUUUGAGCAAAUGUCCAGGGAAUGCAUCUGACUAUCCUACUGGAUAUGUGAAAUGUGAUCACUGGCAAGCAGCGAUGAAAUGACACCUGUGUGGCAGAAGAUCUACUUGGACUCGCCUUUCAAUGUCAUUGAAGUUGACCUUACGUAGUCAAUGUGGCAGCACAUAAUAUUAUUCUCCAUCCAUGAGAUUUGUACUAGUUCUUUCAGUAGCACUUUCUGUAACUACUAACUAGUGCAAAUGGAAUUGUACAUUAUAAGUAAAACAUGAGGUGCAGGCAUGAAGAA